GAUCUAGGGAUUUAGUUUCCCUCCCCGUUUUCAUUUUCUUGUUUCUGUUUUUUCUACAUCAUAACAUCAAGAGAGAAACGAAAGUCGUACCUUUUAUCGAAGCCGAAAGGAUGGGUGAGAUAAAGGACAACGACGCCUAUGAGGAAGAACUUCUCGACUAUGAAGAGGAAGAUGAAAAAGCCCCCGACUCUGUCUCCAUUAAGGCUGCUGAUUCUGUUAAAAAGGGGUAUGUUGGAAUUCAUAGUUCGGGAUUCAGAGACUUCCUGCUGAAACCAGAGCUGCUUCGAGCUAUCGUGGAUUCCGGAUUUGAACAUCCUUCAGUAGUGCAACAUGAGUGCAUCCCUCAAGCUAUUCUGGGAAUGGAUGUGAUCUGCCAAGCAAAAUCUGGUAUGGGAAAGACAGCUGUUUUUGUUCUAUCAACUCUUCAGCAAAUUGAGCCAGUUGCUGGUCAAGUUGCUGCACUUGUUCUAUGUCAUACAAGAGAAUUAGCUUACCAGAUUUGCCAUGAGUUUGAGAGGUUCAGUACUUAUCUGCCAGAUAUUAAAGUUGCUGUCUUCUAUGGUGGUGUCAAUAUCAAGGUUCACAAGGAUUUACUAAAGAACGAGUGUCCUCAUAUUGUUGCUGGAACCCCUGGAAGGAUUUUGGCUCUUACCAGGGAUAAAGAUCUUAGUCUGAAGAAUGUGAGGCAUUUCAUUCUUGAUGAAUGUGACAAGAUGCUUGAGUCACUUGACAUGAGGAGAGAUGUGCAAGAGAUCUUCAAGAUGACUCCACAUGACAAACAAGUUAUGAUGUUUUCAGCCACACUUAGCAAGGAAAUCCGACCUGUGUGCAAGAAAUUUAUGCAAGAUCCCAUGGAAAUUUAUGUUGAUGAUGAAGCCAAGUUGACUCUUCAUGGUCUGGUACAGCAUUACAUUAAAUUGAGCGAGCUAGAGAAAAACCGCAAAUUGAAUGAUCUCCUUGAUGCCUUAGAUUUCAACCAAGUAGUUAUUUUUGUCAAAAGUGUGAACAGAGCAGCUGAGCUCAACAAGUUGCUUGUGGAGUGCAAUUUCCCCUCUAUCUGCAUCCAUUCUGGAAUGUCCCAGGAAGAAAGGUUGACACGAUACAAGAGUUUCAAGGAAGGUCACAAAAGAAUUCUUGUGGCCACAGAUUUAGUUGGAAGGGGAAUUGAUAUUGAGCGUGUUAACAUUGUUAUCAACUAUGAUAUGCCAGACUCUGCUGAUACCUACCUGCAUAGGGUUGGUAGAGCUGGUAGGUUUGGCACCAAGGGGCUUGCAAUUACAUAUGUCUCAUCGGCAUCUGACUCUGAUGUCCUUAAUCAGGUUCAGGAAAGGUUUGAGGUGGAUAUAAAGGAGCUUCCCGAGCAGAUUGAUACUUCGACAUACAUGCCUUCAUGAUGCUAGACAUCGAAGCACUUGGGUUGAUUUGGAUUAGGAGUUAUAGCACGAAAGGGCAUGCCAGAACUGAGAAUUGUUGUAAAACUAUAGGUGGGAUGGAAACAUCUGUGCUGGAAUUAUCAUUUUUGUUUUGAUGUACUGCUUUUGUUCAAUUAGAUUGUUACCAUUAAGACUGAAUCUGUAGUUUACUUGGGGUUUGAUCGGGAUUUUUAGUCAACAAGUAAUGGUUGGUUUCAUUUCCUUUUUAUUAAUCUAAAGUGAUUACAAGUAGUAUUUGUUCUAAAGAUUUUCAAUCAUUUGACAAUGAAAGUUCAAACACAUUUUCAGUC